GUAGGUAAUAGAGAAGAGGAAACCUAAUCAAUGGCUGUGGAAUGAUAUGGAAGAAGAUGGAAAAAACUUGUUUAAUGGGUUGAAAGUGUGGAGCCUUCUAUAAGACAUGGAUAGAUGCAAACAUGUCGGGCGGUUGCGGCUCGCCCAGGACCACUCCAUCCUGAACCCGCAGAAGUGGUGCUGCAGGGAGUGCGCCACCACCGAGUCCGUGUGGGCUUGUCUCAAGUGCUCCCACGUGGCCUGCGGCCGCUACAUCGAGGAUCACGCCCUGAAACACUUUGAGGAGACGGGGCACCCGCUAGCCAUGGAGGUCCGGGAUCUGUACGUGUUCUGUUACCUGUGCAAGGACUACGUGCUCAACGAUAACCCGGAGGGGGACCUGAAGCUGCUCAGAAGCUCCCUCCUGGCGGUCAGGGGCCAGAAGCAAGACCCGCCGCUGCGGCGCGGGCGGACGCUGCGAUCCAUGGCCUCGGGCGAGGACGCCGUCCCGCCGCAGCGCGCUCCUCAGGGACAGCCGCAGAUGCUCACGGCUCUGUGGUACCGGCGCCAGCGCCUGCUGGCCAAGACGCUGCGGCUCUGGUUCGAGAAGAGCUCCCGCGGCCAGGCGAAGCUGGAGCAGCGGCGGCAGGAGGAGGCGCUGGAGCGCAAGAAGGAGGAGGCGCGGCAGCGGCGGCGCGAGGUGANCGUCGGGGGCCGCCCGCCGCCGCGCCGCGCGCCCGCCAUGGCGCCGGGCGUCACGGGCCUGCGCAACCUGGGCAACACCUGCUACAUGAACUCCAUCCUGCAGGUGCUCAGCCACCUCCAGAAGUUCCGCGAAUGUUUUCUGAACCUCGACCCUUCCCAGACCCAACAGCUGUUUCCCAAGGCCCCCAACGGGAAGGCUCCGCUCUCGGGCAGGCCGGCAGGCAGCUCUGCCACCGAGCUGUCGGCCAGGAGCGAUGGGGCCGAGGCGUGCGAGAGGGAGGGCCUCUGCUUCAACGGCGGGGCCUCCAUCAGCAGGAGCCUAGAACUCAUCCAGAACAAGGAGCCGAGCUCGAAGCACAUUUCCCUGUGUCACGAACUUCACACCCUCUUCCGAGUCAUGUGGUCCGGGAAGUGGGCCCUGGUGUCGCCCUUCGCCAUGCUUCACUCCGUGUGGAGCCUGAUUCCCGCCUUCCGCGGCUAUGACCAGCAGGAUGCGCAGGAAUUCCUCUGCGAGCUGUUGCACAAGGUGCAGCAAGAGCUCGAGUCCGAGGGCACCGCACGCCGGAUCCUCAUCCCUUUCUCCCAGAGGAAGCUCACCAAACAGGUCUUAAAAGUGGUGAACACCAUAUUCCACGGGCAGCUACUCAGUCAGGUCACAUGUGUAUCAUGCAAUUACAAAUCCAAUACCAUUGAGCCCUUUUGGGAUCUGUCCCUGGAAUUCCCUGAACGGUAUCACUGCAUAGAAAAGGGGUUUGUCCCUUUGAAUCAGACAGAGUGCCUGCUCACUGAGAUGCUGGCCAAGUUCACAGAGACAGAGGCCCUGGAAGGGAGAAUCUACGCUUGUGACCAGUGUAACAGCAAACGACGAAAAUCCAAUCCCAAACCCCUUGUUCUGAGUGAAGCUAGAAAGCAGUUAAUGAUCUACAGACUACCUCAGGUCCUCCGGCUGCACCUUAAAAGAUUCAGGUGGUCUGGCCGUAAUCAUCGAGAGAAGAUUGGGGUCCAUGUCGUCUUUGACCAGGUAUUAACCAUGGAACCUUACUGCUGCAGGGACAUGCUCUCCUCUCUUGACAAAGAGACCUUUGCCUAUGAUCUCUCCGCAGUGGUCAUGCAUCACGGGAAAGGGUUUGGCUCAGGACACUACACAGCCUAUUGCUACAACACAGAGGGAGGUUUUUGGGUCCACUGCAAUGACUCAAAGCUGAAUGUAUGCAGUGUCGAGGAAGUGUGCAAAACUCAAGCCUACAUCCUUUUUUACACUCAAAGAACAGUUCAGGGCAAUGCAAGAAUUUCAGAAACCCAACUCCAAGCUCAGGUGCAGUCCAGCAACAACGGUGAGGGCAGACCACGGACCUUCCCCUGAAUGGGAGGCACUUUUCAAGGACUGGCUGGCUUUUAAACUAUUGAUGUUCAUAUAUCUUUCCUCUUAAAGGAAAUAAGGUUUAGGGCAGGAACAGAGUACUAGGUUUGCCUCACUGGGACUACAGCCGAAGGUGCUAGGUGACUCAUGUUCUAUCAUAAAAUCUGUAGUCACUUUCUUUUGAAUGGAUUUAGGAAUUCCCUCCUUUGAUAAAACAAAUCAAAAGGAGUAACUUCUAUGAAGAUUCUUUUCAUCAGUUGCUUCUGAAUAGAGAGGAUCUGGGUGGAGGAAAGAGGGGGUAAAUUAAUCAUAUGCAGCCAGGAGAGCAGCCGUGUUUUCUUUCCAUUACACGAUUCCCCCACUAAUCAGGACCUUCUUGUGGCCCCAGAAGAACCCUCCUGAUGUGCGCAGCCCUGGACAGAGCACGUGAGGUGGGUCCCUGGGCUGGCAGCUUGCUGUAUGGGAAUGGUUCCAAGAUAGGAGGUGAAUAAUAAGGAUUUGUCCCCACAAAGGAAGUAACCCUCAAGGGUUGAAAACUAGCAGACUUCCUCUUCCAGUGGAAGAGUGGAAUGAGAUAUAGAGCAAAUUUCCCCAUGCAAAACAGGAGGUUUUUCAAGUGUCCUACCCUCCCUGGCUGCUGCUGUCAUUUAAUCAUUCCAUGUCUUCUGGAGACUGGCAUGAACAUCCCUUCAUUCUAAAGAAGGAGCAGUUCAUAUGGGGAAGCAAUAAACUGGUCCACGACAUGUUCUUUGUUGCAUGCUGAGCCUAAGGGCACCUGUGGCUACCCAGUUCUGUAGCAUAUCCCUGGUUCAGGUGUAGGGCAAGCACAUGGUUUGGUGUGAACUGGUCUUUAGGUCACUUGUCUGAGGCUGUCUCAGAGUUCAGUUGAGGGUAGGCAGGGAUAGCUCGUGGUCCAGGCGUUAUCUGAAUGCCCAUCAUCUGUUCUCACCUUGGAGCAGCAUGCAGCUUGUCUUAGUCUGCAGCUUCUUUCUUGCACCUGGAGGGCUAGAACAUUCUUGUUCAGCACAAGGUUUGGGAACUUCUGCUUUCUAGGGCUUAAGAACCGGCCCCCAUAUGUCCGAACAGUUCAUGGCUGCUGGCCCUGGCCUGUUUCUCCCAAAUUUGAUAAUCCCUACUGUUUCUUUACCCACCUACACUUAGUCCCUCGGAGAAAAAAAAGUGUCCUGUCCUUUACUUAAGUGCUAGUAAAAUACUUGUUUCUUUUUAUACUGGGUCAGUUUCUAAGUGGGAUGAAAUCACCCAGAUGGAAACCCCCCUCCUCCUCAUCAGACAGCACUGAAUUCCCUUCCCGGUCCUUUCGUUAGACUCACCGGUAAAAGUGAACGCAAACCGGAGCUCUCACUGUGGGGGCUGCUGCAGCCUGCCUCAGCCUGUCACUACGAAUGCUCAUCUUCUGACUGAGCGUAUCGUAUUAAUGUUCAGUUCAGGUAGAGGUACAGUUGUCGCUUGAAGGAAGCAGAUGUGGAGGGAGUUUGGGGAAGGGUGGGCGGUUGGGAAAAGAGAGGGUAAGAAUGAGGGUCGUAGCUUAGGGGUGUUGAUGAGCCCCAUUUCCAGAGCAGAUCUGUAGCAUUUGCUGUUGACUUCUGAGAUGGACUCUCCCGUAGGACCUGUCAGACAGCACUGAGACAUGGAGGAAAUUCAGACAGAAAGUGGCUCACCCUGAUAAAGAAGGGGGAGUGACUAUAUUUUAAAUUAAACUUGCUUUUUCCAACACUGUGAGGUUUCUGUAAUAUUUAGCUUUUAUUUGGAAGCGAUAGCGUAUGGCAUUUUUUAUGCUGUUUGGUUUAUAUUGUCUACUGCAGGCUUCUUUGUACAAGCUUGGCCCGGGCUCACCCUCUCCUGGACGCUGUUUUAAAGUGUCACAGCUGCCCACGCUGCCAGAGGCUCUGACGUAAAGCUCUCUAGAUCCACACUUUUAACUUGGCAGGAUUGGUGAUGACUUUUUGUGGCAAUGGAAAAGCCUAUUAACUCAAAAACAGNAAAAAAAAAAAAAAAAAAAAAAAAAAAAAAAAAAAACACCCAAGGAGAGUAAAAAGGAAAAUACAAAUUGUGCCUCAUCUUUCUUCGAAUGCUAUAUUUGUUAUUCUAGAAAAAGAGAACUUGCAAAUGGAAAAGAACUAACAGCAUCUGCUCCAUCCCUCAGGCUGUCCGGGGGAAACACUUAAGAAAAAUGAACAUUUAAUGGAAAAUUAAACGAUCUUCAAAUUUAAUUUUUAAAAAUAGUUUUAUACCAAAUAUUUAUGAGAAUUAUUAAGCAGAUUUAAGGACUUUGUGAAAUAAGUGUUUAACUUAGCUGAGCACCCGUUAUCAAGUUAGUAAAAUUGUUUAAAAUGAGCUGGGCUAGAAACCACUACCAGAGUCCUCACUGAGCUGCAUACUCUCGAAGGUGCCCCUGCAGUCACAGACACCUCAGGUACCAGAGGCAGCAGCCCUAGACGCUGUUGAGAAGUUAGUAUUUAUGGAGAUUUUUAUUAAAGAGUUCCCUGCUGCAUAAGCCAAUGGCUGUUGUGAGGGAAAUGUCCCUUUGCCUUUAAUUUAUUUACAUAUUGGAAGUAGAUGGAUUUCUUAGUUGCAUCUUACUUUAAACUGAAACAUUCUAAAGAGAAGAAGGUAAGAACCAGGUAGACGUUGACUAGAUGCUGCCAAAUCAAACCCACGAUCUCCUGACUGAACCUUACGGGCCUGCUUCUCCCAGGCGAGUAGUUAGAGUCCCAUUCCAGGAACCCUUUGUAGUUGGCUGGUGUGUUUACUUUCUGCUGUAGCCAGCCAAGAUGAAUGCACCCUGGCCCUCAAAAAGGAUUUUUACCUCAGUCUAGUUUGACCCCCACACUUGUGGUUGCCUCUGAGAUGAGCAUCCAUGCUAGUGUUUAAAAAAAAAAAAAAAAAAA